ACCCGGGAAGUUUGCGUCUUUGUAUCUGGCUUCAUACCCAUCCUUGCUCCUAGAGUUAGUCAUAUAUUCAUAUGUUAUUUCAACCAUUAGGCAGAUGUGACACACUACUCUACCGCUGGCUUGAAAAUAAGACAGAUGGAAUCAUGCCUCUUCACAUCAUCCAAGACCCACUUCAAGAUGUACCCAAGACGCUUCAAAAUAUACAAAUAUCAGAUCUGACACAAAAGUCAGACUGUGUUGGGAAAUAUGUGAAGGGCAAGGUGGUUUUCAAGGGUCCCUUGGUAUCCAGGGAAGACCGUCUGAGCUACAUUCUAAAGACCGUGAUAAAAGAGGAUUCCCCUCAACAGAGCACGGUGUCAAAUAACACAUCCAUCAGUGUCAUGCUGUUUGGUGGGCUGGCCAAGGACUUCUCACAUCACGCCAAUCAAGGGGACACAGUGGUGCUGUCAAGCUUUUCUGUGAGUCCCUCGCCCACCUUCAAAAAAGAUGGACUGCAUCCUUGCAACUUGCAUUUGGAAGACGCCAAAGGCUGUGUUUAUGUUUCUGCAGCUUCGGCACCUGCAGAAAAAAAGUCUGGCGCUAACACUACGCCCAAGUACACAUACGUCUCCCUGAGUGAGCUGCAACAUGGGUCUGUGGUGAACGUCUACGCUGUGGUGACUUUCUUCAAAUUGCCCUAUCCCACAAGAGGCACAGAUUACUGCUCAACCAUGAAGCUCACAGACCAGUCGGGGGCAAAAGUGGGCUGCAACAUCUUUUGCGCCAAGCAAGACAACCAUCCCAAAAUAUUCAAGACAGGAGACAUCAUUCGCCUGCACAGAAUGAAGGUCCAGAUCCAUGGAGGCGGCAUGACGCUUGUCACCUCCUGGGGCUGGUCUGCUGUCACCUUCGACGGGACGGUGGGCACCCCCGUCGUGCCCCGUACCACCAGCAAAGCGUUCCACUUCUCCGAGGAGGACCGGCGCAUGGUGACGGAGCUGCGGGAGUGGGCCGCCAGCACCUCGGACCCCCCCAGUGAGCCCUCGGUGCCCCUCUCCGCAGUGGCCCCCCGCCAGUUCUUCAACCUCACCUGCCAGCUGCUCGCCAAGGCUACCAUGGACAGCGCCUGCACACUCCUCAAGGUGUGGGAUGGCAGCCGGUGUGGCUACCCGCUGCUGACGGUGCCAGUAGAGGAGGGCACGCUGGAGGGAGGGUCGCCCACGGUGACGGAGGGCCAGAACCUCAUCGCCAACGUGCUGGCCUACGACAACCACGUGGAGGCCGCACAAGCCCUCAAGCCUGGUGAUUUCCUGUGCAUCUAUAACCUUCAUGCGGUGGCCAACCCAGUCACCAGCGAGCUCAGCUUCCACCUGCACGGGGGCACCUCUUACGGCAGGGGCAUCCACGUCCUCCCCCCGGACAACAGAGACGUCUCACAGCUCAAGAGUAAACUGCAGGUGUGUGCAGAGCAGAUGGAGGAUGACAUGGACCUGGACGACAUCUCCUGGCUUACACAGCUCAACUCCAACAGUGAAGGUGUUGAGGAAACUUCAUCAGUGCGGCUAUGCACACACUCUCUUCCGCAGGUGUCUCUGGCUCAGGCCAAGAGCUCAGCAGCACCUCCUCAGUUUGUGCACGUGAGAGCUCAGCUCAACUCCUACCAGCCCCACAGACUCUACCAGUGCCUCAAACUCCUCUGUCCCCAGUGUAAAGCCAUUGAAGAGGUCCCCGAUGCUGACAGUCUUACGGAGCGGUUUGAGGAAGCUGCCAAGGGCGGCGGCCCCUGCCGGGUACCCUGGGCCGUUACCGUGAUAACAGAUGCUGACAUUGCCACGGGUCGCAAGAUCGCCCUGCACGCAUGCUCUCCCGAGGGCCCAACAGACGAACGCCCCAGGAUCGUCUUUGUUCAGGGUGCUACGUUUGACCAGAUGUGCCGCCUCACCUCAGAGCACGAGUACAUGGUGCCUGUGAGGUCAUCAAGGGGCAGAAUAGCCCUUCUGGACAGCAUGGUUCCAUUCCUCCUCAGGGGACACAAACGCUUUUAUGGCUGUAAGCAGUGUUCAAAAAGAAAACUUGUGAAACCACCAGUUGAAACUCUUGAGGUUUGGAAUGAGAGGAACAUUUCUGAAGCUCUGGGUGUGCAGCUGAUGCAGUACGUGGUCAUGAUGAAGCUUCAGCUGGACGAUGGCACGGACACACUAGACACCCUGCUCUUCGACGGCUCCGAGGACUUCUUUGGUGUGUCUGCUGACUCUAUAGCACACAACCAGGAGGCCCAGGACAGCGUGCAGCAGACCAUGGACAUAUUGCUGCCACCAGACAACAGCACGUCCCCACGGCCAUGGUUGGAUCUGUGCCUGUGCCUGUAUGCUGUAGAGGAGAAUGGUGAAAACCAGGUCCGCUGGCAGAUUGUCAAUACCCACACCAAGAAUCAUCCCGAGGCGCCAUAAAAACAUACUUCUUGUUUGUCACCUUUUUGUAAAUAUUGUAAGCUGUAGAUGACAACACAUGAAAUGUGUAUAUUUUUUAAAUACAUUAUGACUGUAUAAUUAUUAACAAUUGUAUUUUUGUACUGUUGUGCGUUAUUAAACAGGAAUUGUGUCUAUCAAAUAA